CUCCUUGUCCCCUGUCCAAGAUGGCUGCGUCCAUAGCGCGGCGCUUGUGGCCUUUGGUGGCCGGGCGGGGCCUCCGGCCCCGGGGAGGCUGUGUCUGCGGUCAGAGCCCAAGGAGAAGUUUCGCUACGGAGAGACGAGACCGGAACCUCCUGUACGAACACGCGCGCGAGGGCUACAGCGCGCUCCCUCAGGUGGACAUGGAGCUGCUAUGCGCAUGCCCGGAAGAGGCCGCGCGCGCCCUGGAGCUCCGCAAGGGGGAGCUGCGGCCGGAAGAUCUGCCCGCGAUCAUCUCGACGUGGCAGGAGCUGAGGCAGCUGCGGGAGCAGAUCCGGAGCCUGGAGGAGGAGAAGGGGGCGGUGGCUGAGGCGGUGCGCGCCCUGCUGGUGAACCAGGACAACAGUCAAGUGCAGCAGGUACAGCUGGAUCCAGGUCCUGGCUCCAUAUUUGGUUCUGCUUCCAUCAUUCCGAGACCAACUUUCUCCCCUUGGGGAAAGGAGAGCCAGGGUCCAGAGGCCCAGCUGGAGAAGCAGUUCUACCUGUGGGCGCUGAGGCUGCCCAACCAGACCCACCCGGACGUGCCCGUCGGGGAUGAGAGCCAGGCCCGAGUGCUCCAUGUGGUCGGGGAAAAGCCAGCCUUCUCCUUCCGACCCCGGGGCCACCUGGAAAUCGCGGAGCAGCUCGACAUCAUCCGGCAGAAGCGCCUGUCCCACGUGUCCGGCCACCGCUCCUAUUACCUGCGCGGGGCUGGGGCCCUCCUGCAGCACGGCCUGGUCAACUUCACAUUCAACAAGCUCGUCCGCAGGGGCUUCACCCCCAUGACGGUGCCAGACCUCCUCCGAGGAGCCGUGUUUGAAGGCUGUGGGAUGACACCAAAUGCCAACCCAUCCCAAAUUUACAACAUAGACCCCUCCCGCUUUGAAGACCUCAACCUGGCCGGGACAGCAGAGGUGGGGCUUGCCGGCUAUUUCAUGGACCACUCCGUGGCCUUCAGGGACCUGCCCAUCAGGAUGGUCUGUUCCAGUACCUGCUACCGGGCGGAAACGCACACGGGGAAGGAGCCGUGGGGGCUGUAUCGAGUACACCACUUCACCAAGGUGGAGAUGUUUGGAGUGACGGGCCCCGGGCUGGAGCAGAGCUCGCAGCUGCUGGAGGAGUUCCUGUCCCUUCAGAUGGAGAUCGUGACCGAGCUGGGCUUGCACUUCCGGGUCCUGGACAUGCCCACCCAGGAACUGGGCCUCCCCGCCUACCGCAAGUUCGACAUCGAGGCCUGGAUGCCAGGCCGCGGCCGCUUUGGCGAGGUCACCAGUGCUUCCAACUGCACGGACUUCCAGAGUCGCCGGCUUCACAUCAUGUUCCAGACAGAGGAGGCCGGGGAGUUGCAGUUCGCCCACACAGUGAACGCCACGGCCUGUGCUGUCCCUCGUCUCCUCAUUGCCCUCCUGGAGAGCAAUCAGCAGGAGGACGGCUCGGUCCUGGUGCCCCCUGCCCUCCAGCCCUACCUUGGCACCGAUCGGAUCACGGCGCCCACCCACGUGCCCCUCCGGUACAUCGGCCCCAACCAGCCCCAGAAGCCCAGGCUCCCACCCAGCCCGCCUUGAGC